GAGAGAAGGGAGGGUUGGGGGAAGUGUGGAAAACCUGAACCUGAGCUGCUGCCGCCAGAGGAAGAUUUGGUGGGAGGAGAAAUAGAGGGGCAGAGACAGGUUAAGGGUAGGGUGAGGAGGGCGUCUGGGUCGCUGCUCCCGAGGGGCACAAAGUUCUUCGAGAUGUGGCUGAAGCCUGAGGAAGUGCUUCUGAAAAAUGCGCUGAAGCUGUGGCUGAUGGAAAGGUCCAACGACUACUUCGUGCUGCAACGGCGUCGGGGCUACGGGGAGGAAGGCGGAGGGGGGCUCACAGGGCUUCUGGUUGGGACCCUUGAUUCAGUCUUGGACUCUACUGCUAAAGUAGCUCCAUUUCGCAUCCUACACCAGACACCAGAUUCUCAAGUUUACCUGUCAAUUGCAUGUGGAGCCAACAGAGAAGAAAUAACCAAACAUUGGGACUGGUUGGAACAAAAUAUUAUGAAGACCUUAUCUGUAUUUGAUUCAAAUGAAGAUAUUACUAAUUUUGUACAAGGAAAGAUAAGAGGAUUAAUUGCUGAAGAAGGAAAACAAUCUUUUGCAAAAGAAGAUGAUCCUGAGAAAUUUCGAGAAACCCUUUUGAAAUUUGAAAAAUGUUUUGGUUUGCCAGAGCAGGAGAAGUUAGUGACCUAUUAUUCAUGCAGUUAUUGGAAAGGACGGGUUCCUUGUCAGGGUUGGCUUUAUCUUAGCACCAACUUUCUGAGCUUCUAUUCUUUUUUAUUGGGAUCAGAAAUAAAACUGAUUAUCUCCUGGGAUGCAGUCUCAAAACUUGAGAAGACUUCAAAUGUCAUACUGACAGAGAGUAUUCAUGUGUGUUCCCAAGGGGAGAGUCACUACUUUUCAAUGUUUUUGCAUAUUAACCAAACAUACCUUCUUAUGGAACAACUGGCAAACUAUGCCAUAAAGAGACUUUUUGAUAAGGAAACAUUUGAUAAUGACCCAAUCCUUGAUGAUCCUCUACAAAUCACCAAAAGAGGUCUGGAAAAUCGAGCCCACAGCGAGCAAUUUAAUGCCUUUUUUAGGCUACCCAAAGAAGAGACUUUGAAAGAAGUACAUGAAUGUUACUUGUGGGUACCAUUCAGCCACUUCAAUGCUCAUGGGAAAAUGUGCAUCUCAGAAAACUAUAUCUGCUUUGCUAGCCAAGAUGGCAGUCUAUGUAGUGUGAUCAUUCCAUUACGAGAGGUCUUAGCUAUAGAUACGACAAAUGAUUCCAGCAAAUCUGUCAUCAUUAGCAUCAAAGGAAAAACAGCCUAUCGCUUCAGUGAAGUUAAAGACUUCGAGCAGCUGGUGGCAAAACUCAGGUUCAGAUGUGGGGCAGCUUCAACUCAAUAUCAUGAUAUUAGUACUGAGCUUGCUGUUAGUUCUGACUCUACAGGCCCAUCUGAGAAUUUUGAGGUACAAUCUUUGACAUGUCAGAGAGAAUGCAGUAAAACUAUGAACACUGAAGCCUUAAUGACGGUAUUUCAUCCUCAGAAUUUGGAGACUCUUAAUUCUAAAAUGUUGAAAGAAAAGAUGAAGGAACAGUCAUGGAACAUUCUAUUUGCAGAAUGUGGGCGUGGCGUUAGUAUGUUUCGGACCAAAAAGACUCGAGAUCUGGUUGUAAGAGGGAUUCCAGAAACCUUAAGAGGAGAACUUUGGAUGCUUUUUUCAGGUGCUGUUAAUGACAUGGCUACUAAUCCUGGCUAUUAUGUUGACGUGGUUGAGCAGUCCUUAGGGACCUGCAACUUGGCUACUGAAGAAAUUGAACGUGAUUUACGCCGUUCCCUGCCUGAACACCCAGCCUUUCAGAGUGACACUGGCAUAUCUGCUCUGAGGCGGGUACUUACUGCUUACGCAUACAGGAAUCCCAAAAUUGGAUACUGCCAGGCAAUGAACAUUUUGACUUCUGUGCUUCUUCUGUAUGCAAACGAAGAAGAAGCUUUUUGGCUUCUGGUUGCUGUAUGUGAACGAAUGUUGCCAGAUUAUUUUAAUCGUCGAAUCAUUGGUGCCUUGGUGGAUCAGGCAGUCUUUGAAGAACUUAUCAGGGAUCACCUUCCUCAGCUGACAGAACACAUGACUGAUAUGACAUUCUUUUCCUCAGUUUCUCUUUCAUGGUUUCUCACACUUUUUAUUAGUGUGCUACCUAUUGAAAGUGCAGUGAAUGUGGUAGACUGUUUCUUCUAUGAUGGAAUCAAGGCCAUUUUGCAACUGGGACUGGCAAUACUUGACUAUAAUUUAGACAAACUGCUGACAUGUAAAGAUGAUGCUGAAGCUGUGACAGCUUUAAACAGGUUCUUUGACAAUGUCACUAAUAAAGAUAGCCCAUUGCCUUCAAGUGUUCAGCAGGGUUCAAAUGUGAGUGAUGAAAAAAGCAAUCAUACUAGAGUGGAUAUUACAGAUUUGAUUAGAGAGUCAAAUGAGAAAUAUGGUAAUAUUCACUAUGAAGAUAUAUAUAGUAUGCGCUGUCGAAAUCGGUUAUAUGUGAUACAGACCCUAGAGGAAACGACAAAACAGAAUGUGUUGCGUGUUGUAUCACAAGAUGUGAAAUUGAGCCUUCAUGAAUUGGAUGAACUUUAUGUCAUCUUUAAGAAAGAGCUGUUUUUAUCUUGUUAUUGGUGUUUGAGUCAUCCAGUAUUGAAGCACCAUGACCCCAGUCUGCCAUAUCUGGAGCAGUAUCAGAUUGACUGCCAACAGUUCAGAGUGUUGUAUCACUUGUUGAGUCCCUGGGCUCAUUCUGCAAACAGAGACUCACUAGCUUUAUGGACAUUCAGAUUGUUGGAUGAAAACUCUGAUUGCCUUAUAAACUUCAAAGAAUUCUCCUCUGCAAUUGACAUAAUGUACAAUGGAAGUUUUACUGAGAAGCUUAAGCUGCUUUUUAAGCUGCAUAUUCCUCCAGCUUAUACUGAAGUGAAAUCUAAGGACCCUUCAAAAGGCGAUGAACUUUCUAAGGAAGAAUUACUUUCUUUCAGUCAGCUCCAUGUUUCCAAGCCUGAAAAUGAGAAGAAAGCAGAAUCAGUAACAAACAGCCCUGAAAAAGGCAAAGGAAAAAUUGAUAUUCAAGCAUAUCUAAGUCAAUGGCAAGAUGAGCUUUUCAAAAAAGAAGAAAACAUUAAGGAUUUACCAAGAAUGAAUCAGUCACAGUUUAUUCAGUUUUCAAAGACCCUCUAUAACUUAUUUCAUGAGGACCCUGAAGAAGAGUCAUUAUAUCAAGCUAUUGCUGUUGUAACCAGCCUUUUGCUCAGAAUGGAAGAAGUUGGAAGGAAGUUACAUAGCCCUACAUCAUCCAAAGGAACCUCUGGUGCAGUCUGUGUUUCUGGAGAAGCCAGUGAGGGGAAAACAGACAGCUGCUUAGAGAAAGAGUCUUCCUCUCUUAGGGAGGAACCUCAGUGGUCAUUUGCAUUUGAACAGAUUCUUGCAUCUCUGUUGAAUGAACCAGCAUUGGUGAGGUUUUUUGAGAAACCUAUAGAUGUAAAAGCCAAGCUAGAAAAUGCAAAAACCUCUCAGUUAAGGUCUAGAACCAAGAUGUAAAUGUAAAAAGGAAUUGCCUAUCAUAGACAAGUCUACCAAGAUUUCUAUAACUGUCAGCUUGAUUCCUGGCAGUAGGACUCAAAAAGAGUUAUCUUGUUACCAAUGUAUUUGAAGGGCAAAAAGAAGAUAUUCAGAAGCACACUGCAUCAUUCCUUUGUGAUUAACUUAAAUUUUGACAUUCUCAAAUACACUUUUUGUAUUUUCCAAGUUAUGCAAUAUCAGGGAGCAUGCUAAAUGUUGCCACCAGAGGGCACCAGCAUAUCACUUUUAAUAAGGAAAUCUCAAACCUGUGUUGCUAUUUACAUAUGAAUUAGUGAUAGUUUUGAAAAGAUAGGUGUGAUCGUUGAGUGUUAG